AUGGGUUUAACAAGGAAUGGAAAACACAAGAGAAAGAGCACCGGAGGAAAAAGGUCUCUAAGAAUAACUAGAAAGAAGCACGCAAUUGCCAGGCAAUCAUCCAACACUAGAGUGGGUACCACAAAGGUAAAACAGCUUAGAGUGAGAGGAGGAUCGCACAAAAUGAGAGCACUUCGUCUGGCCAGCGGCAGUUUCACGCUCAAGACCCACCGCAUUUCCAUGAAGUGUGCAAUCACCCAGGUCGUGUAUCACGCAAGCAACAACGAGUUGGUAAGAACCAACACGCUGACAAAGGGCUGUGUGGUCAAGCUAGACCCAACAGGAUACACCCCAGUUAUUGAGGAGAUCCUUGAGAAGGAGGCAGACAUAAAAGAUAUUGACCCAGUCUUUGUUGAAGAGUUCAAGCAGGGCAACUUGUUCGGAGUAGUCACAUCCAGGCCAGGGCAGGCUGGAUGCGCAGACGGCCACAUUCUGCAGGCCGAUGAGCUUGCUUUCUACAUGAAGAGAUUUAAGAGCAGCAAGCAGAAAAAAUAA